UCUGCCCGACACACACAGUUUCCUCUGACGAACACGGCGACGCAUCGCUUUUUACGCACAACGCGAUCGUGGUAUUAGAGUCCGCGCAGCUCGAUCUUUCUCACAUUAUGGUGGUUUCAUGUGCAACAGACGUCAAUUUGGUGAAAUAUUGAGCUUUUUGAAAUCGAUUUACACUUUUCCCGGAGCUGCAGAGUUGAUUUAUCACUCGCUUUUGUCGUGCGUAAAACCUGUUUGGUACGUAAAGAGGCAUAUUUGAGCCUAAAGCAUCAAGAUGGAAAACUUUACAACAGCUCCAGAGCUGAACCACACUUUGGGCGUUUGGACGGACUACAGUAUCCAGUACAAAGUGAUAAGUAGUUUACUGCUUUUUGCGAUUUGCGCUUUAGGAAUUGUUGGCAACGUUAUGGUCAUCCUGGUGGUGCUCACUACCAAACACAUGAGGACUCCAACCAACUGCUACCUGGUGAGUUUAGCGGUGGCUGAUCUGAUGGUGCUGACAGCGGCAUGUUUACCGAGCAUCACGGACAGCAUCUUGGGAUCGUGGGUGUUUGGCCACUAUGGGUGCCUUUUUAUCACCUACUUCCAGUAUCUCGGGAUCAACGCCUCCUCUUGCUCCAUAACAGCGUUCACCAUAGAGAGAUACAUCGCCAUCUGUCAUCCGAUUAAAGCCCAGUUUCUGUGCACCCUGUCCAGAGCAAAAAAGAUCAUUUUGUUUGUUUGGGCUUUUACUUCUCUGUACUGUGUGAUGUGGUUUUAUCUGUCAGAUAUCAAUGAGCUGGUGUAUGACAACAUCACCAUCAUCACCUGCGGUUACAGAGUCCCCAGGAAGUAUUAUUUACCCAUUUACUUUUUUGAUUUUGGCGUUUUUUUCGUGUUGCCGCUGCUGCUCUCCGCGGUCUUGUACGGCCUCAUCGCCAGGAUCCUUUUCCUCAACCCGCUGCCCUCCGACCCUAAAGACAAGAAGAAAAACGGACACAACAACAACACCAACAAUAAGAGAACCAGCUGCAAAAACUCCCGUCACUCCAGCUCCACCGCGACCUCCCGCAGACAGGUGACCAAGAUGCUGGCUGUGGUGGUAAUCCUGUUUGCCACGCUCUGGAUGCCGUACCGCACUCUGGUGGUGGUCAACUCCUUCCUGGACCGGGCCUACCUGGACAGCUGGUUCCUGCUGUUCUGCAGGAUCUGCAUCUACCUCAACAGUGCCAUCAACCCGGUCAUCUACAACGCCAUGUCUCAGAAGUUUCGCGCCGCUUUCCGCAAGAUCUGCUGCUGCUGGAGGAAAGGCUUGGAUAAACCCGCCGCCUACAGCGUGGCCCUCACGUACAGCGCAGUCAAGGAUUCCUCGAUGGCGGAGGGCACCGAUCACUUCACAACAGAGCUGGAGGAGCUCACCGUCACAGACGACCUGCUGUCUGAUCAGAAAAUGAUGUUCCCAGACCCUUGUGUGUACGGGAAGGUGAAUUUCAGCGACGCCUAAAGUUCGUUUGAGGCCAGACGAUUCUGAGGGUCAAUCGAGUUUUAAAGAGUUUGAAAAUGUUGCUUCAUGGAGUCUGUUAAGCGGGAAUAUUGUUUCCUGAGUGCCUGCUGACCUUUUCAAAGCCAGGCUGCUUUGGCUAGAGAUGUAAACACAGAUUGCAGCUGCUGAUGUGUAAUGACUUCUUUGGGGGACAAAGCCGGGAAUGAGCCUGUACAAUGUAAAGCAACACACAUUGUCAGAUAAGCACCCUCUUAUUGCAUAGGUGUUAUCUUAUCUUGGACCUAACCACAUUACACACUGUGUAUGAGUCAACAAAACAAAAACGCAAUCGGAUCGUUAAAGGGACAUAUCAUGAAAAACUCCCUGUUUUUAGUUCUUGUACACAUACAUUUGGGUAAAUGGAGUGCAACCCACAGGGUUUGUGGGCUGCUUAGAUCAGAAAACUGCUUUGAUCAGAUUCAACAAGCCAUUCAGAUCCGGCUCCCCUUCCUAUGUCGCAUGCAGGCUCAUUAGAACACACCGCCCUCCAUCUUAGAAUCACCACACACAGCUUGUGAACUACCUUUGCAAAGGUGUGCAGUAUUUUUCUCGCAAGCCAAUCAGAACAGACACGGCUUUUUUUGUGAGAGGGCUUAAAGAGACAUGUGCUAAAACUGGGCAUUUCAGACAGAGGGUGAUUACAGCUAUAUUCAGACAAUUAGUAUGGGAAACAAAAUGUCUUUUUUUGAACAUAAAAGCAUGUAAACAUGUUCUAGCAAGAGCCCAUAAUACAAGUAUGAAUGUAUAAACGAUCAUGAUAUGUCUCCUUUAAAGCUGCACAGAGCAGCGGGGCAUACAGGAGAGGUUACAGUCUGACAGUCUGAAAAUCCUGAAAACCCAGAAAUGCUUACCAACACAGCCAGUCAGUGAUGCUUUUAUUCCAAUGGAUACCAAAGAGAUAACAGGAGUAAAAAGAAUAACAGCAUCAAAUACAGCUUGGAAGAGUUGAAUUCAGUCUUUAUGCUCUGCGUCACCAUUGACCGCACAGUUCAUACCAGCAUUCAGGACUGGUCAUUUUCCUCAGCUUUAGACAGACUUAGGCUAAUGUUUUCUGAGCAGGCGGCACCAUUAAAGAGUGAGUCACACCUGAACCCUCGCACACAAAACAGCCUGUUUUUUAUUGUGAAGGACACAUAUACAGCCUUGAGCAUGAUGUGAAAACCAAGACAAACUGUGUUGAGUGUGUUCUGGAGGCCAGGCUUCUUUCUUUAAAAAAAUCUCUAAAUGGUUCGUUGAGUUUUUCCACUGCAGAGUGUUCACUGACAGAGCGAAAACAAAGUACAUAAAGCACUUUGUACUGUAGUCUAUUAUAAAUAAAAUGGCACUGUAGGACGGAAGCAGCUAGGUUGUUAGCUAGGUUGUUGUAAACUGACGUACACCUAUUAUAACUCUAUGAUAAACAAGACCAACAUUAUCUAAAUUGAGAUUCAACUGUUCCUAGCAACUGCUACAAGUCUCCACUGGUUACAGCAAAAUAACCCCUCUUUCCAAACAGAAAAUGAAAUGAACAUUCCAUUGAAUAGCUUGACAACUUUCCAUAGGUAAAAAAAGGCUGAAGAGAAUCUACACCAUAGUUAUUUUAAUUUACGUGUUAAUAUUUACAACCCAAUUUACUAUUGUAGCGAAAGAAAACCUGUAACCACACCCACUAGUGAUGUCCCAGUGCACUGAAACAGCGUGGAGUACACCUCUCCAUCCGCACAGACUUUCUCUCAAGUUAAAUUACUUCUUAAACAUUUGUAAAUUAAUGAAUAGGUGCAUUAAAAAUACAUUUAUUAACUAUUUCUAAAGAAGCAAAGUCACAAUAUUUAUUGAUGACUUUCCUUAUAGUCUCCAAGUAUAAAUGUGUCAAUAGUCUUAAUAUAUUUUAAUACAGACUUAGUAACAUAACAACCUCAAAACUGCCUUAUAAGACAAUGGUACCUCCUUCACUAUUGAAUUAUUAGUUGAUGAUAUUCUCAUUUAUUUUAUAUUUGUUUGAGCAACAAUGCUCAAACAGAGAUUGAAGGCCCUUACACACAUGCACAGCAAAACUGAAAUUAUCCAGACGUUGCCUGGCAGAGCUGGAGGUUGGAAUGCAAAUGUCUUUACCCUGCCAGCUUCUGAGUAGGCUACAACGUCUGUGUAAUGUCCGAUUUAGCCCAAAGUGUGAGAAUUCACAGAUAUCGUAUGGGUGUGUCAGAUGUUUCUGUUGGCUGGCCAAAACAGAAAAGAAGACGAAAAGAAGUUAAAGAAGAAGGGUGAUAUACGCAAAGACCGCAACGAAAAUGUCUAACUGAAAUGACAACGACAUUUGGAAACUUCUGUCGAUAAGGCCCAAUGCCAAAAUCGUUAGACAAAUUCAAGGAACAGCAAGAGACUUGGUUGUUUAUGACCAACUUAAAAAAAAAACGGCUCUGUGACGCAGUCUAACCCGCGCCAUGUCCCGUCUGCGGCACGCCCCACCAGGCGCCAGCCCUCAUUUAAACCAAACAGGGUAUUUCCAGUAAGUGAGAAUGCAUCUGACACAAUCAAUCUCCUGUUGUGUGCUACAUGUGUGAAAGACAAACUCCACACUAUAUCCGGACCUGGUUUUUCAGACAAUGUCUGGAGUUCAUAUGUGGAAAACGGCUUUUGUGUUACAUAAAAAAAUAUGUUGAUAUAUUUCAGCUGCAGCACUAUAAGGUCCAUCUAAGCAUCGGUGUUCAAGUUGAAGCAAAGAGAAGUGAAUGUUUCGGUCCGUGUUUUGUAUCAUGAGAACUGUGGAUUUACAAACCAUCGCUUUGCUCGUCUCGCUCUUUAGUUGUGAGAGCCGUCAGCGAACGUGGCUGGAUGGACGUGGGAUGUUUUCUGCCAGAUCAGUGGUGUUUCUGAAUGUUUGAAUCUGACACACAGGGGAAUAUAAUUGGGCAUCAGCAGCUAAGGAAGAUGAAGCUCUUCAUUUACUACUAUAUGUGAAAAAUGUUGAAUGUUUGAUUGUAACAAUACUGUACAUGCCUGGAGUAUCAGUAGAUUCUUGUGUAUAUUGUUUCCUCUGUAUUGGAAGAUAUUGUUAUUUAUAGUAACUAUUCUGUUUGUCAGAAGUUAUCUGUAUAUUGUUAUAGGACACUUUUUCUUUCGUCAAUGCCCAUUAAAACAUAAAUAUUAUUUUGUGAUGUACAAUUUGGAAGCUGCUGCCUUGGUCUCGCUUUUUAGAAUAAUGUGAUCCUGUGAGUACUUUUGAUGGUUAUCUAGAAAUUGAUAAUUUGUAUAUUUUAUGUCCCAAAUAAAAAUGUUUCCGGAAUUAGA